GCGAAAAAUUACCUAACGUUUUAAACAGAGCACCAACCACACAAAAUAAAAAUGCACUCAUCUGUCAUUCUAAUAUGAUAGGAAACUGUUUAAAUUUAAUAUGUAGUUUGUUUUGAAUGUAAUAUUUUUUCUGUGAGUAUUUUCAUGGAAUUUAUUUGUAAUUUUGAUUCAAACAAUAAAUGAAACGAUUCAACUUAUAGUAUGAUUUCUACUUAAAACAAGAUAUUUGUGUAGAUAUUCCAAGUUCUAUUAUUUCCAGUCGGUUUCCCGUGUUUUUAAAUAAUUUUUAUAAAGUUAGUUAAACAAGAAAUAUGGCUGAAGGAAUAUGGAAAUUACAAGGUUUAUUGGAUGAUACUGAGUUUGUGAUAAAUAAAAUGAUCUUUAAAAUUGGGAGACACUCUGCAGCUGAUAUAAAAACAGAAAGUACUCUAAUUUCUAGAGAACACGCAGUUAUUUCAACGUCAGCAAAUGGAAUGCUUCAUUUGAAAGAUUGCAAGAGUUUAAAUGGAACAUUCAUUAAUAAUGUAAGAAUCACACCUUUUAAUGAGCAUCCUUUGAAAGAAGGCGAUGUUAUUGUUUUUGGUAUUACUGAAACACUUUUAAAUGAUCCAGAAUUCAAUGGACCGAAGCUGAAAUAUAAGGUUGUUAAAAUUGGGAAAGAUGAAGAUCCUAAAUCAGAUAAAAAAGAUGUGGACACAACUGAUAUUAGUACAAACCAUAUAAAACAAGAGAAUAAAUUAUAUACUACCAUAGAUGAUUAUGUAAUAAUAUCUGAUGAAGAAGAGGAUAAUUUCAAUUGCAGCCAAAUAUUUCAUAUUUCUCAACAAAUUAAUAAAGUGUCUGAGGUACAAGAUGAAGAUCAAGAUCCUUAUAGAAAUAUUAAGGAAGAAUUAAAGGAAUUGGAUUAUUGUGAUGUAAUUCCUGCUGUGGAUUUAACUGAAGAAAAUGACCAUUUUGAUAGUACUAGUGAAUUACUUAAAGUUUUGGAAAAUGAAACUACUACAGCAUGCACACAAAAUUUAAUUGAUAUUUUAGAUGAUACCCUUGUUCCUGAACAUAUUAAUGAAAAUUGUUCAAACUCUGAAAAUGCUAUAAAAAACUCAAGCUCCCCUUCUAUUAUGAUUCUAGAUGAAGUUAAUCUAAAUAUAUCUUCCUCUACUAAGACUCAAAAAGAAAACAGCAAAAACUCAGAAACUUUUCUUGCUACUGUCAAUAUAGGGGAUAACAAUUCUAGAUCUUCAUCUUCAAAAAAAGAGAGAAAAAGUAGAAACAAAUCAUCUAGUUUUGAAAAAUCUCCUUUAAAAAAAGUAGAUGUAGAAUCUAAUUUGAAAAUCACGAAAAAAUCUCCUAAGAAAUCACAUUCAGUGCAAAAUCUUGAAGCAGUUCGAACAUCAAAAUCAAACUCUGUGACUCAUGUAAAAUCCCCCAGAACUGAUGUACAUUUAGAAGGAGAAUCAAUAAGUCAUGGUAAACACUACAAACCGACCACAAAACGAAAAACUUUGGACAAUAAGUCCCCAAUGCCGCCAAAAAAAUCAAGACGAGGCAGUUCAAUGGAGACAAUACAUAUUGAUACAAAUUUAAAGGUUAAAAACCAAGAAAAACAAAGAAAAAAAUUGAAAGAAAUUGCUAAUAAAUCAGUUCAGCCGAAGCCUCCAGUCAGUACUAAACUUCAGAAAGAUCCAAGAUUACAAAAAUCAACAGAACAAAACUUAACUCGAUCUAAAAAUGAGAAAAUUCAAGAUGGCACUGUAUCUAGUAAUCUAAACAAUGAUAAUGAAGUUCAGUGGAUAGGCCCGUAUAAUGAACCAGCUCACUGUUCAAAAUCUAUUCCAGAUUCUACUGUUAAAGAGGACAGAUCCAGCUUGAUCUGGAAAAUAUCAAAUGUUCGUCGAGUACAUGAAACUUAUAAAAAACAGCAAGAAUUAAAUGAAGAAAUUAUUUUUAGAAUACUCUCAUGGAAUGCUAACUGGUUGUUAGAACAGCAACAACUUGAUAUUAGUCCUCCUGUUUAUGGCAAUAUACCCCUUGUGAAAAUUCCUUCUAAUUUUGAUAAUUAUAAAACUUAUUAUUCAGUUAUGUGUCCAUUACUUAUGUUAGAAUUAUGGCAGUUUGUGUUUCAGACUACUUUCAACAAAGAGGAGGAGAGAGCUCCUGUGAUUGUUGAGAUGUUACAUGAAAGAGUAAUAGAUUCCACAAGUAGUUUCGAUUGUGUAUAUAAAAUACCCACCAAAAAUGUAGGAGCAAUGCCUAUUAAGCAAGAUGAUCUCUGUUUAUUAGAAUUACGUUUAAAAGAUGUCGACAACGUUUAUGGGUUAACUUGUUUCGGAUAUAUUAAAUGUGCUACUAGAUUACAUUCUGAAAACUCCAUACACUUCACUGUAGUCGCCAAAAAAUUGAACAAACCCAUAAAACUGAGACAAAUAGUUGUAAAAGUAGUAGCUAACAUUUCGUGUUUCUUAAGACUCUUUAAAACGUUGAAAACUUUGAAGUACUCACCUUUGUGCCAAUUUGUUCUGAAUCCCAUGCAUUUAUCAUCUUUAAUGCCAAUACAAAGUCGCAGUGUGAGACAUACACCUUUGUUAAAUGCUAUCCAAAAAAGAAUCACUAGCGAAGCAUCAGAAAUGGCUUUGGAGAGGAAACCAGGAUUUUACUUAAUUAAAGGACCACCAGGUACUGGAAAAUCGUCUGUGAUAGUUAGCACGAUUUUGGAGAUACUGUACAAAGCUAAGAGCCAAGGCAUAUCUCCUCAUUUAUUAAUAACAGCUCCUUCGAAUGCAGCUAUUGAUGCCUUGAUUUUAAAGUUAAAUAAAGCCAGAUGCGAGCUACCAGAUUGUGAACGAAAAAUGCUUAGAAUUGUAAGAAUAGGACCCGAAUCUAGCAUAAAUGAGUUGGUAAAUCGUUUCACUCUAAAUUUCCAAACACAAAAAACAAUGAUAAUAGAAAAGAACCUUAGAAAAGAGUAUAGCAAAGUUGAAAAACAUGAAGACAUGACAACAUUUUUAAAAAAAACAUUGGGACACCAAUUUUUUUACGAGCAUAAAAUUACAGAAGAAAGAAUAUUACUUGGUGCUAAUUUGAUAUGUACUACUCUUAGCAGUUGUAUGAGUUAUAUUUUGCAACAAACAAGUAAACGUAAUCAACUUAAAUUUACUGCUUGUAUUGUGGAUGAGGCAACACAAUGUACUGAAAUGGAAUGUUUGUUACCCAUUGAAUUAAAUGUUGAGAAAUUUAUUCUUGUCGGAGAUCCACAACAACUGCCAGCUGUCAUUUGUAAUAAAGAAGCUUUACAACACGGUCUAGAUCAAUCAUUAUUUUCAAGAAUGUUUCAUAAUUUUGAAGCAACAGAUGGAAGUAAUAGAGGGAGCUUUCCACUACAAAUACUAUGUGAUCAAUAUCGUAUGAAAAAGGAAAUAUGUGAUUAUCCUAAUAGAACGUUUUACAAUGGGAAAUUGAAUUCUUUUCCGAAAUGCUUCAAUCCCAUACAACCGCAGAUAUUUCCUUAUCUUGUAUUUAAUUUAAAUUAUUCCACUAGUGAUGAUAGGUCAGAUUAUGUCAACUCCAACGAAGUUUACCUUAUCUGUAACAUACUAAAAACCUUGAAUAUAAACAUCAAACCCAAUUGUUCAUAUAGUAUUGGAAUUAUCACACCAUACAGAGCUCAGAAAGAAAUGAUAAUGAAGGGAAUAGCUGAAGCGAUGUUAAAUUCGAAAGUUAGUAUAACGGUGAACACAGUUGAUAGUUUUCAAGGAAUGGAAAAUGACAUAAUCAUUAUAUCUUGUGUAAGAUACAGCUCUAAUUGCUUUUUGGCAAAUGAGCAAAGGUUAAACGUAGCCCUUACUAGAGCUAAACAGGCUCUUUACAUUAUUGGAAACUACAGUUUGUUUAAGCAAUGCCGGCCGCUUUACGACCUUAGAGAAGAUGCCAAAAAGCGUAAACUUCUAUUAGACAUAAAGACCAAUCCUCGACACAUGCCAUUACUGCAUAAACAAAUAUUAAUUAACGCAAAUAUUAGUACUCCAUCGAAUUCUUAAGCGUAUUGUGAUUAUAUUAUAUUUUUAUGUGAAUUUGUACAAAUAUCUAAAUAUAAAAUAGUGCCAUAUUAUGUACUACAA